AGUCUAUAUAAUAUCUGAUCCUUUAGAGACGAAUAAGUAACAAACAAAACAUUGACUUCCUGAGAAUCAUCGUAGCCAUGGCUGCGAAAUCGAGCAGUAACGAUCAACACCCAUCACCUGCUUUUUUAGAAACAGUUGAGGAAAUUAUGAAACUCUACCGAUCACUGCCAGCAGCAAGACCCUCCAUUGAAGAAGCAGAGGCUGCCAUGUCUGUAAUUAAAAGUGUCAACUGCGAGGAGCAGCAAAAGCUUGAGGAAAUUUCGAAGCAAGAGUGUCCUCGAAAUGUUCCCGAUGAACUCUUCUAUGUUCUGAAAGAACUGAGGAGGAAUAUGGUUUUGUUUCAAAGCCAUGAACAGAGGAAGGAAGCUCUUCACUUAAUUGAAGUUGAUAAGAUGUUUCAGACCUUUGAUGGAUUGAUACAAAGAGCUUCUAUUUUAGUUUCUGGAGAUACCCACAAAGACAAAAUGAUUGGUUUUAGUGAUCCACUAGAGAAAGUUGAAACAGAAAGUACUGUUAAAGAGGAGAGUUUGAUUAAUAGAAGAGAAGAUGGAAACUUAGCGAAAUAUGGUUUCCAGGAUUUCGUGAAGAGUUCUUCUACUAAGCCAUCUCUUUUUUCAGGUGAAGGUGAACCUGAAAAAUUUAGUCUAAUGAAGGUGGCAGCUAUCAUAGAAAACUCUGCAAAAACUGAAGAUGUAGUUCUUGAUCUCAAAGGCAAGUUGAUGGAUCAAAUUGAGUGGCUUCCUUUAUCAAUUGGGAAAUUGUCGUUUAUUACUGAGUUGGACUUAUCUGAAAAUCGAAUAAUGGCGCUUCCAACCACCAUUACCAGCCUCAAAGUCUUAACAAAGCUUGAUAUUCACUCAAACCAACUUAUAAACCUUCCUGAUUCAUUUGGGGAGCUAAUGAAUCUUACUGAUCUUGAUGUCCGUGCCAAUAGGUUAAAAUCACUGCCAUCUUCUUUUGGGAACUUGAAAAACCUUCUUAAUCUUGACCUGAGCUCAAAUCAAUUCACUCAUUUGCCAGAGGCUCUUGGGGACUUGACUAGCUUGAAGAUAUUGAAUGUAGAAAUAAAUGAACUAGAGGAGAUUCCAUACACAAUUGGAAACUGCUCAUCGCUCGUGGAGCUGAGAUUAGAUUUCAAUAGGCUCAGAGCUCUUCCUGAGGCAAUUGGAAAACUUGGAUGCUUGGAAAUUCUCACUCUGCACUACAACAGGAUCAGAAAGUUGCCAACGACAAUGGGUGAUCUUUCCUAUUUGAGGGAACUUGAUGUUAGCUUCAAUGAACUUGAAUCCAUACCUGAAAACCUGUGUUUUGCUGCAAGUCUAAAGAAAUUGAAAGUGGGCGAGAACUUUGCUGACCUGACCGACUUGCCACGAUCGAUUGGAAAUCUUGAGAUGCUUGAAGAGUUGGAUAUCAGUGAUGAUCAGAUAAGAGUCUUGCCAGAUUCUUUCAGGUUCUUGUCAAAACUGAGAGUAUUUCGUGCUGAUGGAACACCUUUAGAAGUUCCACCAAGACAAGUAGCUAAAUUGGGUGCUCAGGCUUCUGUUCAGUUUAUGGCCGACCUUGUUGCCAAGAGAGAUGUCAAAAUCCGAUCAACAAAGAAGAAGAAAGGUUUCUGGCACAGAGCCUGCUUAAUUUUCUGGCCAUUCAGGAGAAAUUCUCAGUAAUUUUAAUUCAUUGUGGAGCCUCAUGCGCCCAAGUUGAAAUGUCUGUUCCUCGGUAACAACUUGUUCUCUUCAAAGGUGUCUUAAUACCGCAAGAAUUGCAACAUCUAGUUUUUCUUGGUUCAAGUGUGAUUAAAAAACGAUGUUGUGUACAAUUGUUUGCACAUUACCAUCAUCUACUGCAAAGUAGCACUCAACUGUUAUUACUGCAAUAAAAAACGAGUCCCAUUCUGUUGGAGUUAUGGAAAA